GUGUGAACUCAGCCUCGUUUUUGACAAGCACAUCAUUUUCUGAGAUCGCCGAUACAGCAGCGACAAAGAUGUAGUCACGGCGCGUGUAGUGGUGUAAUCCCGCAAUUGCUGAACCUUAUCACGCGCACGACUGGUGCUUUGUCGAGGCGUUGGGCCUUAUCGAGGUAUACAAGUAUGACAAAUAACGAAACCAUACCUCUUGUCGAACAGCAGCACUGGAGCGAAACCCGAAAAACCGCGUGGUCCUCGCACGACGGUCCUGGACCGAAGCAGUCAGUACCAAGGAUUACAACUACGGAACACGAGGCAUCGCCAUCUCACGCGAAGCGCGCAUGGUAUAAUCGAAAAAGGUGGAAAUGGGCCUUGUCAGCGCUACUUUUGUCUGUAGCUCUUCUUAUCGGAUUGACAGUGCACUUCCUCGGCCGUAACGCGGGAAACAGUGGUGACCAGGACAUAAUUUUGCCUCAAAUUCUCAGCAGCGCCGACUUCAACGGACAGAUCUUCCUACUCGCCAAAGGUGACGAUAGUCGAGUUUGGUACACAACAAGAGUAAACGGCACAUGGACACACAAGUGGAAUAGCACUGGUCCACAAGGGCAAUGCCAGCCGUCGAGUGUCGUUUGGGGAACGCCGAAACGACUGAGUGUCUUCCACACUCGAGACGAUAACAUGGUCAUGACAAGCUCGUUGCAGAAUGGUUUAUGGGCAGACUGGGAGGUCCUUGGCGCGCAGGCCAGCAGCCCGGUGGUUCCCUGCCUUGAAAUGCGCAACGAUGUGAUACAUAUUUGGGCUCGUGAAAGGACGAAUGCCAAAUUUAUUAUGCAUAACUACUGGCAGUCUAGUCAAGAUGAUUGGUUGACCCAAUCGUCUAGCUGGGAGGGAGGUAUAAAUAGCGAGACGGCCAAAGGGUCCCGAAGCAUGCCUGCUGUCGUUUGUCGCAACAGCAGCACAAGCAAUGACGUGGUAAUAUACGAUAAGGAGUUCGGUUUGGGACUACACAGGCAAUGGAACACUACCCGCAAUCGUUGGGGAGCCUGGGGUGAUCUAGGAGGGCCGUAUGCUGGUGAUCCAGUGCUUGUAUCCCCCUCCAAUGACCGUGUCGACUUUUUUGGUAUAGAGAAGACCGGCAGGGCUCUGGUCCACAGGUUUUGGAAUGAGAGCUCGGGUUAUAGCAACCCUUAUGACUUAGGAGGCGCCUGGGCUAGUAUUCCAUCCGUCGCUGUGACAGGAAGCAGCCGACUGGAUGUCUUUGCUCUCAGCGUUAAUGGUACGGUUCAGCACCGUGCCUUGAUUGGGUCCACGUGGAGUCCUGAUUGGUCUGAUCUGGGCGUUUCAGCAACCAGUGCUCCUCUAGCCACUCUUCUCAAAGCUCAAUCACCACAGAUCAUGCUUCAAGUUUUGGGAAGCGAGGGCGACGUGCUAAGUUCGGAUUGGGAAGUCACAGAUGCUGGUGGCUUGAAUUGCAUUGUGCCUCUUGAGAGUAUUGGUGGUAACUUGAGUAGUAGCACAAUGACAGUAACUUGAGAACGAUGCAACUGAAUUCAGAGAUAUGUGGUGUAUGGUAUGCAACGGUGGCUUGGGGCUGUUUGUGCGGAGCUGGCUGCGGCCGGUGCCGUAAUGGCGGAACUCUUGGGUCAUGAUUUGGCAAGUUUUUGCCAUGAGAUAUAUUCUAUAAGUUGAGGCCGUUUGCGAAAACCCGCCUCUUUGUCUAUAUGCUGCGUGUUAUAAUAUGAGAAAGUUUAUGCUAUGAGAC